GUUAUGCUAUGUUACACCAUGUUAUGGAUAUUUAUCUGGCUUUGUGGCUGGGCGCGUACGGCGCGCGGGGGGCUGAUGUCAGAGCCUCAGGGGUUGGAAACUCCGGCUUAUGUUGAUAUUCAUGAUGGCGCCAGCUCUCACGCGAGUUACUACCUCCUUUGUCUUCACUACUUCUAAUUCAUCCACUGCAAUGAAUGCUUCAUCACGCGAUUCCAACAGCAACCUCACACCUCUUACCACAAUGGGCUCGCCCACAAACCCUUCACAUGUGCAACCCGCAAAGCAACGCUCCUCCGUUCUUCAUCAUAAUACAAGCAAACCUGAUAAUACGAGCUCAGUAUAGGCUAUUUAUUAUCUUUUCACUUAUCUUUUCCGCGCAUAUUUUGGCGCUGUGCAUGUCGCAGUAGCUUGGAGGAUGCGAAUGCCCGCCUAGGCCCUGAGGAUCGGCCAAGGGUUCGGCCAAGGAA